ACACCCGCCGCCACCCUCCCCAACUCUCCGCCGCCCGCCAGCUCCCCCUGCCGCGCCCCGCCAGCAUCACAGGCCGCGGCAAUGGCGGCCCCCACGGCCCACGCGUCAGCCCUUCCGCCGACCGCCGCUGCCGUGGAGUCUAGAUAAGAGCUGUCAGCAGAGCUUUUUAGCUGGAUUGAGGCUACCAACUGAUAUCAAUCUUGAACCACCGUUUUAGAGGAGUGGCACCAAAAAGCCUGUUGUUAUGCUGAGUGCUUUACAGGACAAAUAACACUCCCUGCUUCCUCAGCUGCCUAAAAAUCAAGCCAUAGAUAUUGAGCUUCAAUCUGAAUACGAGCAAUAUUAUCAGUUACUGUUUGGUCUGCAAUAGCACUCAGAAGCUGGAGGUGCUGGUGGGGCUUGGUAGUGCCAGGGGGAGGAGAAGGAAGAGGAGAAAGAGGAAGAAAUGCCUUCUCCAAAGAACCUGCAGCCCCAGCUCCCUCACUCAGGUCUGCGGCAAGAAAAAUGCCAGCUUCUCUAAGAAAACUGCAGCAAAUGGCUGUUUUCAUGGGACUGUUCAGCGGUGGGGGAUGCAUCGUGAUGUAUAAUCUUAUGCAAAAAAGUUUUGCCAGGACCCAGUAUUACCAGCAGGCUUUGGAGCAACUGAACAGCAAUCCUGAUGCCCUGGAAGCCCUGGGUGCCCCCCCUCUUAAGGUUCACAACAUCCGACUGACAGAUGGGAGUAAUCGCGUGGACACAGAAAGAGCACAGAUAAAGUUACCGGUAUCUGGAACAAAGUCAGCGGGGUACCUCUACAUUAACUCAGAGAUGGACCACUCCCGUCAAUGCUGGUGCCUUCAGGAUGUCACCUUGAAACUGCAGGAUGGUCAGAGUAUUCCCGUUUACCACUCCCCCGUGGAAAGCAUUGGUGUGCAAGAAGGCUAAAAAGUCAAAGGCAGCUGCUUCUCCACCUCCUGUUGAGCUGAAGGAGCCAUUAAUCGAUUGCAUCCCACUGUGUCCGUGAAUGUACACAGUUGUCACAAGUGACAAUUUCACUUAAGUGAGUGCUCUCAAGACAAUUUUCUCUCUCUGACUGACCUCAUCAUUGUCAUAAUUGUAAUUUCUUUCUUUUGCUGGUUUAUUCAUGUGUUCAGCAGAAGCCUAAAAUAAAUAUCUUGCAAAAGA